UAUGUUUGAUAGUUUGUAUACUAAUUCACACGUGUAGUCUCUUUGCUUCAUGUCACUAUAUUUGUACAAUUAUUUUUUUCCCUCUCUGACUUAGUUUUGGCUCAAUCUGUCUCAUCUCUUAAUUCGGAUACUAUUUUUCAAUGCCGCUAAAGUCAAUUAAGUUUUUCCCGGUAACUGUGAUAUGUAAGUAGGUUCCCUGUAUCCUGAAACCUUUCUUUACUGGACUUCAUAAUGGAAUUUGGCCGGAAACUUCUUAGCAGAUUUGGUUGGGAGGAAGGUAAAGGAUUGGGGAAGUUAGAGGAUGGCAUCGUAGUUCCUUUGAAACCGAAGUUGAAAUUUGACACAACUGGAGUUGGAUUUGAUUACUCAAAAGAAUAUGUCAAUGAUUGGUGGGCACAGCGUUAUGACGAAGCACUGAAAAAAGUUGAUGUCUCUGAAGAAACUGUGAAAGAAAAAAGGAAAAAGAAGCCCAAUGAUACUGAUACAAAUCAAGAAAAAAACCAGAAGAGUUCAAAAAAAUUUAUCAAGACUGAAACGAUUUUGCAAGAUGGAAGUUCCAUCCCUGAGAAUGAUAUUGACGAACCAAUGGAGGUUACAGAACCAGCAUCGUUAAACUUUGAUAAACUUUUUGAAGCCUGCGGAGGGCGAACGGCUCAUAAAGGUGCUCGACAUGGACUUGGCUUAAGCGGAAAACUAGCAAGACUGGCAGCUCAAGAGAAAGAAAUUAAACGUUCACCUCAAAAUACUGUACCAGAUUCUCCAACUAAAACACAUUUAAGUCCCUUUGAAAAUUUCAAGAACUCACAUCAAGAGAGAAAACAUCUAAGGAUCAGCAAAUCACCAGCAAAUGUAACUACAGAUGUUGAACAUUUUUGCGGCACUGUUAUUACGCCCGGAGAAGUUGAAAACAAAGAAGGCUCAAGAAAAAAGAAGAAAUCACGGAAAAAUAGGGAGAAAUAUUCAACUCAUGAAGAUCUAUACUGUCGGCAAGGAAAUGAAAUAAUUAAAGUGGAGGAAAAUAUUGAAACAGAAGAUCCAACUCAACACCCUGAGAACAUAUGUAAUCUCAAACAAGAGAAGAAGAGGAAAAAAAAGAAAUUCAAAAUGGCAGAAAACAAAGAAUUAAAUGUUGAAAGAAAAGAUAUUCCAUCUGUGCAUGAAAUUGAUGCCGCUGAAAUAAGUGCUGUGAAUCUGGAAUCACCUUGCGAGGAUCCAAAAGUCAAAAAAAGGAAAAUUAAAAAAUUCGAGUUGGUAUCUGAUAAUGAUAGCAAAGAAGGUAAAAAAAGUAAAAAGAAACACAAGAGUAAAUUGUUGUAGCAAAGAUAUAGGAAUAAAAUCUGCGCAUUUUAGCAUUGCAGUGUGAUUUGUAGUUGCUCACAGUUGUAAACUCUGCAGGCAGCAAGCUUUUAUUUUCUCAGAAAGUUGAUAAGUCUAUCCUCAGCGCAGAUUUAUUACAAAGUGGUAUCAUUACGUUGAGGAUAUUUAAAUUGUGAGUAAAAGGAAUACUUAUUCCGAUUGGUGGUGUUUUAAGUUUCCUGUCACUCCAAAACUUGUAAUCAAGUUACAAAUUUCACACUUCUAAUUUUUACUUUACUAUGUCUCUUUUUAAUUGAAGAUUUUUAAUUUGUUGUAUCCACCUUGAGUGACUGAGAUUUAUUUUUCAAUAUAUACUUAUGUACAAAAAAAAAAAAAAAAGGAAAGGAAGAAAAAACCCUCCAAACGCAGAGCAAGGCUGUAUGAAUUCACUUUAUCAUGCUUUUUUUUACUAGAAAGCAAAAAUAGGUAUAGAAAUACCUGUCAAUUUUUUAGGAACUAAUCUAAGAAAUUGUUUUAUGACAGAGGCAAUUUAUAAUUCUAUGUUAAGGAUUCUCAGGAUUUUAUAAUAAACCUUCAGCAAAUUCA